AUGGACCACCUGAACGAGAAUGAGGUUGAAUCUCCUCUAACUAGCCUGGCUGACGAAUUGAGGGUUGACUCUCCUCUAACUAGCCUGGCUGACGAAUUGAGUGAUGGAGAAAUUGAUCUAGAUGGGGACAAAGAAUUGAGUGACGGAGAAUUUGAUCUUGCGUGGGACAACAAGGAAUCUAGUGAUGGAGAAAUCGAUCUGGAAGGGGAUGAGGAAUUGAGUGAUGGUGGAUUUGAUCUUGCCUCGGACAACAAAUCUAGUGCUGGUGAAUCAUCUGAAAAUGCAAUCACGGCUGAUUUGAAUAAGCGAAAGGAUCAGCGGAAAUUGGAGAAGGCCGAGUUCAAGAAUGGGGGACCCCCACCUUCUACAGAGCCAAUACUCGCGCGCAACCCAACAAGUGCAGAAAUGGAUGCUGCCAUCUCGGUUGUUACUGAUCCCAAAAAGUUCCGCCUCUAUGAUAACGGGCAUGUUUGCGUAUUCAACAAGAAGCUCACGAAAGAUAAACAGCAAACCGUUGUGGCUGAUAUAGUCUUCACUGAUCUUAAGGAUAUUUCUGCGGAUAAGCGUCGUGAUUUGGACUGGUUUCUAGCCUUUCUGGAGGAGUCCAAAAUGUUUGUCUAUGCUGUUGGAUCUGAAUCUCGAUCUUGCGGGGGCUUCAUGUGGGCCAUAGGAUGGCGCAAAUCUUCAACUAGGCUAGAAAUCGUUGGACACUAUGUCAACUCUAAGGCUAUUAAGGAAAACCUCGAAGAAUGGAAACAACACAUGCAAGAUGCCAACCGUGCCAACAAGAUUUUAUGGGACUUGUUUCAGCCAAUUGGAAAGUUGCUCUCUUCCGAAACCGUCGAUUCAUGA